UUACAUGUAGAAUUGCUAAAAAAAAACGAUUUAUUAAAAUUUAUUAAGCUUAAUGGUUUGUUUUUAAGUCACUAACAAAUUAAUUAAAAUGUCCUGCAACUAUGCUGAAGGCCUCUCAGAAUAUGAAGAUAAAGGCGUUUUAGGUGUACCUGAGAAAUUUGAUGAUGAUGAUGAGAUUAAUCGAAAGUGUCUUCAACUAACAAAGUGGAUUGAAGAAGCCAAACAUGUCGUGGUGCAUACUGGAGCUGGCAUUAGCACUGCAGCUGGAAUACCUGAUUUCAGAGGACCUAAUGGGGUAUGGACAUUGGAAAAAGAGGGCAAGAAACCCAAUAUAAAUAUUUCGUUCAACGACGCAGUCCCAACAAAAACCCAUAUGGCUCUGAAAUAUUUAAUUGAAAAAGAAUACAUUCACUAUGUAAUAAGUCAGAAUAUUGAUGGACUACAUUUGCGAACUGGGCUGCCUCGAACACAUUUAGCAGAACUACAUGGUAAUAUGUUUAUUGGACAAUGUGAUACAUGUGACAGUCAAUUCGUCAGAACUACGGCUACAAGCACUGUAGGGCAAAAAUAUUUAGAGGAAUUUUGUAAACGAGAAAUAAGAGGUCGCAGCUGCCGAGGAAAAUUGAAAGACACUAUUCUGGAUUGGGAAGCUGACUUACCAGAAAAAGAUUUGGAAAUGUCUGACUACCAUUCGAGCCUAGCUGAUCUAAAUAUAUGCCUUGGUACAACUUUACAAAUAGUUCCUAGUGGAAAUUUACCCUUACGAUGCAAGAAAUAUGGGGGCAAAGUAGUGAUAGUGAACUUGCAACCUACCAAACAUGAUAAGAAAGCCGACCUCAUCAUCAACACCUAUGUGGACAAUGUGAUAGAAAAAGUAAUGAAACAUCUAAAUUUCGAAAUUCCGGAGUAUAAUAAAAAUUUUGAUCCGACGAAGAACCAACUGCCUAUAUCAGUGAUAGAAUGGAAUAUUUAUAAGAAUCAAGUAAAAGCCUUUAAAAAACUGUUUGAAGCCAAACACAAACUGUUUCGAGAACGAAAGCAAUCGGAAAUGUCAAAUGAAAAACCAAAUAGUGCCAAAAGAAAGCGGAAAGUUGAGACUAUGUUCGAAAAUAAACAUUUAAAAAAUGAUAUUAGUUUGACAACUGAUGAAAUUAAACAGGAAAAAUUCAACAGAAACUUGAAAGUCGAAAUCAGAAGAAUAGAUGAUGAUGCCAAGCAUAAAACAGAGAAAAAGGAAAAUUAUUGUAAGAAAACUUCCGAAAUCCCGAAUUUUGAUAGCGAUGAUGAGUUUGUUGAGUAGGGUAAAUUACCCUACUCAACAUCAUACAUAGACAGGUACAUACCUGUCUAUGGAUGUAUUGUUUUGUGCAGAAAUAAUUUAAUAGCUAGAACAAAUUUGAUUGAUAAUGAAAUAUUAGUUUACAAAAUAGCACGUAAUAAGCGUAUUUACUUUUUAAUAAUUCAAAUUAAAACUAACCAUAAAGCAGCAGAGUGACGAAACAAUUAAAUACUUUUUUUACAAGUAUUUCGUUAAUUGUAAUUGUGAAUUACCAUUCUCAUUUCAUAAAUGAGAUCCAUAUAUGGAAUUAAUGUUAAUCUCUUAUACGUAUUUCGUUUAUUUUUUAAUUAGUUAGUAUAUGUACAUGUUUUAUAUAUUCUGAAUAUUUUCUAUAAUAUUCAAUUAGGCAAAUUUAUUGUCUCAAUUUUAUAUUUCAAAACUAACAUUUGUAACAUGUAGAUUAGCAAUAUGUAUAGAUUUUUUAACCUAAAAUUGCUAGAAAUGCGCAAAUAAUUCAGGAAACAUUUCAAAUUAAUUACAAAUGGAUUGGAAAGGUAAGGAGUUUUAAAAAUAGCAGUGGGACUUCCAAAUUAAAGUCACACUCAAAUUGAUUGUAAAUACAGUAAACACGUGGAAUUCUUAUUACAAACAACUCUAUUAAUAGUUAUUACAUGUUUACCGUAAAACAUAAUUGUAAGACCGGUAUUUGGACAUACCAGUUUCUUAAACUAAUCCAAUAGUAAUUAAAAAUAUAUUUCUUGUAAAAAAGACGGCGACGUGUGUAACAUGACAAAUUUUGGUUGCAGAACUCUAAAAUCACAUACUUAUCAAUUAAGCAGGCAGAUAAAAUGUAUAGUUUUAAAACCAAAAUAAACUAUUUUUUUUA